AUGAAUUUGUUUCUUUUAGUUUUGGGACAAGUGUGUGUCCUUGCAGUCGCAGCUCAAAAUAACAAAACAGAAAAUAAAGAGGACCUGAGCAAGAAAAUAACCAAUCUACUUGCACCAGAAAAUGAAGAAUUUCUUAAAAGCGAAGUGGCAGAUAAAACUAAAAACCGAUUUUUCCGAUCUAAGCCUGCCUCCACUCCUGAAGAAAAAGUUGCCAAACAAAUAUGGCAUGGCAUAAGAAAAUUACCGUGCAAAAAGGAUUGUGGAACUUUCAGCGAACACUAUCAAGAAUCUCUGAGUAAAGUUGUUGAACUAUUCUCAACUAUUGAAACUAAUGAAGAGAUUGAUCAGGAUGAUAGCACUCUGUUCUCUAUUUACAAAGAAGUAACUGAACUAUAUUUGGAUGAUGAGAACACCAAUAAGGAACUUGUCAAAUCAGGAUUUCUAAAAGCUAUAAAAAAUAGUAAGAACCCAGACCUGAAGAAUGUACACAUAGAUCCAGCAGACAUUAUUCAAUCUCUCAGAACUGAAAAUAUGAAGAAAGGAACCGGAUUUAGAGCGGGUGCCGGGGAAACACCUUGGGACCAGCUCAAGAAAUUUCCUACUCGAGUUCAAGCACCUGAUGACAAAUUGGACUACUUUAGAGAGGAUCAAAAUCUACAUGUUUUUCAUACAACCUUCCACAAUAACUAUCAAGACUUUGAGACGAGAAAACAUGAACAUUUCUUCUACUUUCACAGAUUGUUAACUUACAGAUAUUUUAAUGAGAGGGAUACAGAGGGACUUGACGCUGUUGUACCACUAAACAAGGAAAACAGAAAACAAGAAUUCAGUUCUUUCUAUUCAAUAACUCCUGAAAAUGAUCCAAGCAAUAACCUUGGACAAUUUACCAGCAAUAAACCAACAUGCACUCUUUCUGCAGAAUCAAAUGGUAUUUUGGAGAAAUCUGAGAAUGAAUGCGACAGUCAAGUGGGAUCUGGAAAUAUAGAAGUUUAUGGGAAUGCAUGUGCGCAGUAUCAUAAUGAUGGGCAUAACCAUAUCAGUGCUGAUUGUGUUGAUGGUUCUCCUCCUAGCUUUGGUGUAAUAUAUUCUUCAGGAGCGUCUGCGAGAGAUACAGUGUUUUUCAAGUGGCAUUUUGAAGUUGACAACAAAUACGAAAACUUUUUGAGGGCUCAGCGCCCUUAUACUAGAGAGGAGAUUUCACCUCCACAGGGUUUAAUCUUAACUAAUGUUGAGUUAAGAUCAAGAUGCAGUUCCCCGAAUCAGGUUGAAACUUAUUGGGAAAUCAAAGACUCAAGAUACCAGCUUAAUCAUAUGAAGUACAGUUUAAGAAUAAGUUUGCAAAAUGCAAAUGGAUUAUCCGAUAAAGUAAUAGUUAGAGUUUAUCUGGUCAAAGAAAAAUUUGUGGCAGACCAUAAAUACUUCUUUGAAUUGGAUAGAUUUACGCAUAAACUAUCAGGAGAGAGAGAAGAAACCAUUGAUAAGGAAGACAAGGAUAGUUCCCUUGUUUGGAGACAACAAGACGAGUGUGGUUGGGCGAGCUCCUUGGUAUUACCAAAAGGAAUGAACCAGAAACCUGAAAAAUAUAGACUGAUUGUGUUCAUGAAUGACCUUCAGGAUCAAUCUGUUACUGAGGGAGAAAAUGAUGAACCAACUAUAUUAUGUGGCUCAAAAUCUAACAUGGAUCCAAGGGCAAAUGGAUUUCCCGUGGAAAGAAGCUGGCAAGGGGUUAACAAACAAGAUAUAAUAGAUAACAAGGAUAGUGGAUUUGGCAAGAUAUCUUCAGUUGUUGAGAUUCUUAAUCGGGGUUUAAAUCCAACAAGCUGUGACGAUGCUGAAUUUUCAAAAGAUAUGGCAUCCACAAGUUCUCCACCUUCUAGUUCACCUAGUUCAGGGGAUUUAAGAGGAGCCCCGCAUGCUCUUAAUCUCACAAAUGAAACUACAACUGCAGCUGUAACUGAGCUCACAAGUUCUCUGGAAUCAACAACUUCUUCUAUAUCUACAACAGCUGGUGAUUCAUCAUCUAACACCUCUGACUCAACUUCAGAAACUACACAUUCAACUUUAUCUUCAAUGACCUCAUUGACGUCUUUAGAAACUACACCAUUAACAACUACAAUAGAUGAGAUUGAUGUUACUACUGCAAAUGGUUUAUCAGGUGUAAGUACUGAAUCUUCAAUUGUUACUACUGAAACAUCAGAUGUUACUACUAAAUCAUCAGUUGUUACUACAAGCUUAUUUGAUACUACUACAAGCUCAUCAGAUGUUACUACUGAAGCUUUGGAUGCUACUACUGAAGCUUUGGAUGUAACUACAAGCUUAUCAGAUGUUACCUUUGGUUCAUCAGAGACUACUACUGAAUCAUCAGAUGUUACUACUAGUUCAUUAGAUCUUACUUCUAGUUCAUCAGAACUUACUACAUCUGCAUUAGAUCUUACUUCUAGUUCAUCUGCAUUAGAUGUUACCACAUCUGCAUUAGAUGUUACCACAUCUGCAUUAGAUGUUACCACAUCUGCAUUAGAUGUUACCACAUCUGCAUUAGAUGUUACCACAUCUGUGUCAUCCUCAGUUAUCUCAUUUGAAACUUCAUCUCUUCAACCUACAGAAGCAACUUCGACAGCACAAUCAUCAGUGGAGUCACAGACUGAACAAUCCUCAUCUACAUCUUCAGCUAUUGAACCUAGUUCUGUGUCCUCUGAGCCAGCACAUUCCACAGAAUCAACUUCAGCAAAUUCAGAGUCUACUUAUAGUGCCUUGGUGACCACUCCAGGAUAUAACUUUGAGCUUACAACCCACCCAUUAUCUUUGUUUACUGAUUUAGAUUUUUCAUCAAAAGAUAAUCAAACACCUCAUCCUUACCCUGCAUCAACCACCACUUUCGAACCCUUUUAUUUGAUAAUAAACCGAACCAAAGAAUCUAUUCCUGUGACUACCACUGAACAAUCAUAUUAUUCAACCACUUCACCUAAGACUGAUUCCUCUGGAUCAGAAUUAGUUGAGAUCUGCCUGGAGAAUGUUUGCUAUAAAGCAUCCAAAACAGAUUUAGAUGAUGUGAUUUCGGCUGACAAAUUAUGUAAAAAGUCAAACAUGGAUUUGAUCAAAGAAAAUGAUGACAAGAUACUUACUGAACUAGUGAAAAAAGCAAGAAACCUAAUUGAUGAAAAGACGGCAUGGUUUUGGACAAAUAUAAGGGACAAGAUAAGCUGUCAAAUCCUUCUUGGCGGAUAUAAAGAAAACUCUGUGGCUACAAUGUGGACCACUUGCAACAAGCGUGAUUGGGAUAAGGAGAAAUAUCAUGCUCUUUGUGAGCCCAAAGCUCCAGAAGGAUAUAGCAGUAAACCCAUAGCUCCAAAAGGAUAUAGCAGUGAACCCAUAGCUCCAAAAGGGUAUAGCAAAUAAUAAGGAUAACGAAUAUACUAAUUAAAAUAUUGAUGUAGAACAUGAUUUUUUAAAUUUCCUUUAUAGAUUUUAAAUAUAAUUAUAUAAUACCA